AUGCAACAACAACAACUCAACAGUUACUCAUUCCUUGAAGAGGAAGAAGAAGAGGAGAGAAUGCAAUCCAUGCCAUCUCUACCAGUAUCAUCUUCAUCAGAUAUCAUACUCACUUCGUCAACAAUAAUUGACAAUGAAAAUAGUGAUGAUAAUGAAAUGAUUGAUAAUGAUGAUAGAAAGCAAGCAAAGAUUGGAUGGAAAGAUUGGAUUCUUAAUGGUUUUAAAGGUAAACAAGUACAGAAUAAUGAACAGCAACCAAAAUUAUAUAAGAUGAGAUGGGUCAUGCUGAUGAUAUUUACUCUUUCAAUGUUUAGUUCAGUUUUGGCUCAAUCAACAUUUUCAUCAGUUGGAACAAUAAUGAUGAAAUAUUAUAAUGUUCCAAAUGAGAAUUGGAAAAUCAACAUGAUGGGUAUGAUAUUUCUCAUUGUAUCCCUUCCUUCAUCAUGGACAGUUAGUUUUGUCAUGAAGAAAUAUGGUUUAAGAUCAUGUGUAUUAAUAUUUGGAAUUUUGACAUGCAUUGGAAUGUGGAUUCGUUGUUUAGGUUAUGGAAAGGGAAAUGAAACUAAUUUAUGGAUUGCAUUCAUUGGACAGUUUUUAAUUGCCUUUGCUCAACAUUUUGUGAGUAGUGUUUCAAGUUUGUUGAGUGUGAAUUGGUUUGGAGAUCGAGAGAGAACUCUUGUUUUGGUUUCAACUUUAUUGAUGGGUGUUAUUGGAGGUGGAGUUUCAUUUGCUAUUGGACCUACUUUGAUUACAAUGGGUAAAUCUGAAAUGGAUGGAUCUGAAAUGGGAAUGUUAAUUUAUUUAAUUGGUCAAUCGGUGAUUGCAUCUAUUUGUUUAGUGUUAAUUGUAUUGUUUGUUAAGGAUAAACCACCAACACCUCCAGUAAUUAUGAAGAAGAAGGAAAGUGAAGAAGAAAUGAAUCAAGAAAAUUUAGAAAUUGAAGAGAAAUCAAACGAAACAAAUGAAACAAAUGAAAUGCAAGAAGAAUCAAAUAUUAACAAUGAUAUUGAGAAUGGUAAUUCACCAACACAUUCUAAUAAUGAAGAAGAAAUACAAGAAGAAUCCAAUAAGAAAGAUAUUUAUCCAAAACAAACAUUUAUUGAAGGAAUGAAAAAGUUAGUGACCUCUCCACAUUUCAUCAUGUUAACCGUUGCAUCAUCCUGUCUCACUUCUGUAUUACAAACUCUUCAAAUUUUAGAUCAAAUCAUAACUCCAAAAGGUUAUUCCACAUUUGAUGGCGCCAAUUUUAGCAUGGUCAACUUGGUUUUUGUAUUAAUUGGUUGUUUCGCAUUAAGUAUAUUAUUUGACAAGACAAAAAAGUUUAAAUUGAUAACAUGCAUUAGUAGUUUCAUGUCUGUCAUUGGAUUUGGAAUGUUUGCAAUUAUCAUGCAAUGGGAAAAGUCAGAUUUCACAUUAAUAUUUAUUUACCUUUCAUUUAUCAUUAUUGGAUGUUCUGCAAUUCCAAGUUUGCCUUUAAUCUCUCAAAUGGUAGUUUAUUCAACUUAUCCUAUUCAUCCAGCAACUAGUUUAGUAAUUUCAAGCGUAUUUGGAACUGUGUGGAGUGUUGUCUUUUUAUUUGUAAUUAAUAUUUUACAAAGUCAAUUAAGAGAAAAGGCAUCUAGUAUUAUUUUAUGGAUGGAUUUGGUAUUAUUAAUUGUUGGUUUCUUAAUGAUUUUACUUUUUAGAGGAAAUUUCAAUAAUAUUUUGGUCAACCAGAAAAAAUAA